GUCAAUUAUACAACGCCCCAGCUCCGCAGCUCCCUCCUCUCCUUUGCGUUACUACUACAGCUGGUGGCUCCACAUGCGCCGCGGCGCUCCGUAGCCUUCACCGGGCACACCGGCUCGAGUCUGUAGGCAUGUCGGCCGGUGGCUCUGAUGGGACGGCGGACAGGCCAGCAGAUCCUGCUGCAGAGGAAGAAGGCCCAAGCCACACAGGCUCCUCGCUGCCAGCUGUCGAGCUGCCAAGGAAACGAAAGGGAGAUGUGGAGGAGAGGUCAGAUACCCAUGGACAGCAAAGCCUCGACUUCCAAAUGGUUGAUGACCUCAGCAGAUCUGAAGGAGAGGAUCAGCAAGUCAAAAUGAAAUGCUUCAGGGAGCCUCACAGCCAGAUUGAGAAGCGGCGCAGGGAUAAAAUGAACAACCUCAUUGACGAGCUGUCUGCCAUGAUCCCUGCCUGUCAGCCCAUGGCUCGAAAACUUGACAAACUCACUGUCCUGCGGAAGGCUGUACAACACCUUAAGGCCCUCAAAGCUGGGACGGGCAGCGCCUUUACAGACACCACCUACAAGCCUUCCAUCCUGCCUCAUGAUGACCUCAGGAACCUUCUGCUCAGGGCUGCAGAUGGUUUCCUGUUAAUUGUAAGUUGUGACCGGGCGAAAAUCCUGUUCAUCUCCGAGUCCGUCGCCAAGAUCCUUAAUUUUAGCCGGUUGGAGUUGACUGGGCAAAACCUGUUUGAUUUCAUCCACCCCAAAGACAUCAACAAGGUGAAGGAACAGCUGGCAUCUACGGAGUUGUACCCUCGCCAGCGCCUCAUUGAUGCUGCAACUGGGGCUCAGGUCCAGGCGGACUCCCCAGUCAGGCCCUCCCACUUGUCCACUGGAGCCCGGAGAUCCUUCUUCUGCCGGAUGAAGCACAGUCGGGUGGCGGGGAAGCACGAGGACAAGCGCUUGCUGCCCAGUACUUCCAAAAAGAAAGACACUUACAGAUACUGUACCCUCCACUGCACCGGACACAUGCGGGCUUGGCCGAGCAGCCAGGUGGACGCAGAAGGUGACGCUGAGAAGGAAACCUCAAACCUGACCUGCCUGGUAAUGGUGUGCCGCCUCCUCCCUCACGCGUCGCACCAGCCUUCCAAAGACAUCAAUGUCAAGCCCACUGAGUUUGUCACCCGCUGUGCCAUCGAUGGCAAGUUCACUUUUGUAGACCACCGAGCCACGACAGUUACCGGUUAUUUGCCGCAGGAAAUUCUCGGCACGUCGUGUUAUGAGUACUUCCACCAGGACGACCUGCAGCACCUCGCAGAGAAACACAGGCAAGCUCUUCGAAGCAAAGAAAAGAUUGAGACGCCUUGCUACAAGUUCAAAACAAAAUAUGGCUCCUAUGUUUCACUCCAAAGUCAAUGGUUUGGUUUCACAAAUCCUUGGACCAAAGAAGUUGAGUUUAUCGUGUCUUUAAACAGAGUUAUCUCGGGGCCUGGUCACACAAAAGAUGAGGAUGCAGGCGGGUCAAAAGCACUUAAGGAACACACAAAGCAGCUACCCAUAAUUCCCGGCCUUUCCAGUGGUGUUGGCACAAUGAUAUACGCAGGCAGUAUAGGGACCCAAAUCGCAAAUGAGCUCAUCGACUCCUACAGCAGAAUGAACUCCUCUCCAUCAAGCGGAGCUUCCAGUCCGUUUGGCCCUGCCCAGGAGAAAUGUCCGCUUGUUUCCCCACAAACCAGCAGGAGUGAAUCCAGCAGAGAGGAGGCAGCAGGCAGUUCAUCACAGUCCCAAUCUGACUCAGCGACAGCAGCAGGGGCAAGCAGUGCAACCUCUGAAAGUACAGGUGAGCCAUCUCAGCUGGACUUGGACAUGCCAGGCUUGAGCAGCUUCAGCAACGAUGAGGCAGCCAUGGCGGUCAUCAUGAGCUUGCUGGAGACGGAUGUAAACAUGGGUCAAUCGGGGGACUUUGAGGACUUACACUGGCCUUUCUAGAGGGCACACAGACUUUAAGCCCCUCUCACAAUAUGCCAUUUUUUUUUGACAUUUGCCGAGAACUUGGGAGUUCAGUUGUUCAUUUUGUGACUGACUGAUCUGGCUUUGCACAAUUGAACCCACUGGACUUUUACCAAAGGCCGCAACAUGUCGUACUCGAGGAAGCCUAACAAGUAGAAGUUAAUAGGAAUACAAAUGACUAUGUUUACCUUGUUGGUUCCCCCCGGCUCUCGCAUGAACGAAAGUGAGAUUCAGGUGUCUCUGGAAUCUGUGGUAAAUCAGGGUCUUCCUCAGUGACACUACAGCAUCCACAGAGAGGCUAAAACCCAGACUUUCCACAGCGGAACGAUCAAUCUACUUUCUCUGCUUACGGCCAAUAAGUAUCGAAGGUCUGGUGGAGAACCAGACUCCUGCCAUGUGCAGAGCUGCUGUUUUUCAUAACAUGGUCUGAUUGUUCCAGUUUUUAUUCUGAACUCUUUUAAAUAUCCCAUUGUAAGCCAUGUUUAAAAAUACUCUGAUUUCUAUAUAUAAGUAAGUACUGAAGAAGGCUAAAAGAUGCCCUUCUCCCCUUCAUUAAGAAUUACAGACUCAUUGAUUAUGCAGAUAUAAAAAAUGCCUCAAAUCAUGUUUUUAUGUCGAGACAGUAUUUGGAAAGCAUGUUGGAUUUUGCGCCUGCAACCAUCAUGUAGACGAUUUACUGAACUGGCCAAACAACUCUCAUACAUUUUGACUGGCGCAGAUUUAUCAUGAUCAUGAUCAGAACAGAAGCCCGGCUUAGUCUAAAAGAGCUGGGUAUGUGAACAUUCAGAAAUGAUUAUUAAGGAAUUAUACUUCAACCAACAACACGCAAUGGCUAAUUUUGUCAGCUAGCUAAUACCAGCUAUUAGCAAUGAGUUCUAAUGCUAUCGAAAACUACCAAGGAAAAGUGUUUCAUGGAGAAAGCUUUACUUUGGGAGUGUUUUUAAUCAAAUAAAUACUUGAAUAUGCACUCUUGUGUGCCAGGAUAAGCAGUUGGCAUGGAAAAAGGCUCUACAUUCAGCUUUUUAGCAAAACUUACACAGAUACAACCCAGUUCUGUCCAUAUGGUUCCUCAGUGUGUAGAAGGAAGCUGAAUCUGUGGUUAAAUUUCAAAAGUUUAACCACAUGAACGUUUUUUUUCAGUCAGGUUUCUCUUUCCCCAAUGUGCCCCUGUGUCAUUUUCAUACUGGAGCAUAAUCGGCUACCAGUUAUGUCACAAAUCAUGCUGAUAUGUAGAUGCCUCAACUUUCUGCCCCAAUCUUCUGCUUUAGCAGAGGUAUGUGACAGACUGUAAAGUUUGUAAAAUGUAUGUUUUCAUAUUGAAUGUGCACUGAAUGACUGAGCCCUAGUAUGCCUAUCCUGUGUUCACAUAUCAUAUACUUACUGUAUUCCAGACGGUUCUGUGAAGGUAAUCUGGCUUACACUGACUGAACUCCUGGGACAAUAUGGAAGGUUCACAAGGGAUAAGCCAACAUUUUUUAGGACAGAUUUUAAUACUGUUCUGUCAUGUCUUAUAUACCCCUACUCGUUACCCUUGCUGUCGCACCCAAAAAAUUAUUGGAACAGCCUACCACUGCAAGCAGUUUGCCAUAAUAUUUGUAUUGCUAGGGAGACAGUAAUGUUGCAUUUAAUCUAUUUCUGAAUGUCCCACUACCACAUCAGUGUAUUGUAAAAGGAAACUCCACCUUGAAGCAUCUCAACAUUGUUUAAAAAACAUCUUUUCUGGAUCAAUUUAGUUGUUUGGUGGCUUUUUUAAAAACUUUUGGACCAGGAGAAGCUGGCCACAUUAAUAUAAUCCCAGCAACUACAAUAGAGUUUAAUAACAAAACACGAUUUGGUGAUUUAAAACAUUUACAGUUAUCAUCACAGGCCUUUGUGUCGAUUCCAAAAUCAAAGAGCAAUGAAAACUCAUCAGUGGAGAGGCAGGGCAGAGAGACCAAUUAUAACAUCCUUGUUAGCCAAAAACAGGCCAGUAUGCAAUGCAGUCACAAGACAGGUUGAGGUUUGAGCAAAGGGCGCCACAAUCAUUAUCAAGCUAUUUCUUUCUUAUGAUUAUAACUUUAAAAUUCACAGUUAUGGCAGUCAUCUGGGGAGACGAUGAGAUCCAGACGGAGAGACAGUGAGUUCACCUAAAUAUUAAUACCGAUUAAAAUGUACAGUAGACUCAGAUCAACGGUGUUAGAGUAUGUGAGGGUGGAUUUUACUUUUAAACUCAGUGACUGGCCUUCAUAGCAGCACAUGUAAACUGUGGUUAUAUCACUGGUUCCUCUAAGCUUGAAAGCAUAAUGUGAUUGUGUUGCCUUGAACACAUGUUGUUUCUGACAAGGUUCAAUUGUAAAUCAAUUGUUAUGCGCUGUCUUUGGCUUUAAAAGCAACACUAUUGGUACUGAACAAUAUUUGCUGUUGGCAUCAGUGCCAUAUGAUAUGGACAAGCAUAUUGAACAUGCCCUUCUAUCAAAAGCCAAAAUGUCUGAUUUGUGUGUGCAAAUUGUUGUUGAUGUAUCUGCUGUAACAAGGAAUGGAGGUUAAAGUCUUUGAAAGUAAAACAUUUUUUUCAUAAA